AUAACAGUCCAGUCACACGUUUAUCAACUCCAUUCCGAUACAGAAAAUUGCUUCAAUUUAACGACAACCGUAAUCAGAGAUUCGGACAAUCAUGCAGUCAGAAUUUACUUCGAAGAAUUUAGACAAACAAUGUCUUUGGAAUGCUCAACAGUCUCUUGAAGUAGAUUCUACAGAAAAUAACAAUAUACCUGGAGCAAUGAUCAAAAAUGGUAAUUUGGUAUUGAAAGCAGAAAAGUCGAAAGAAUUAUCUACAAUUCAGAGCGAAGUCAUUUAUUCUAUAUUGUCAACAUCUGUAGAUACUAAUGACUGUGUGCCGACAUCUUGUUCUCUCAGGUUUAAAGAAGAUGGUUGCAGUAAAGUUGAAGGAGAUGCCGGCACACUGGCUGACUUGAUUCUUGAUGCUGAAACAGAAAACCCAAUACCCGAUGAUCUUAACGCAGGGAAGGAGGAAAGUAAAAGUAAAAGCAAGAAGCAUUGGUUUCUGAAUUGGUGUUGCGGUACAUUUCGUCAUGUAAAAAUCUGGGAAAGGAGUUCAGGUUAUAAAUAUAAUAGAAUUGACGAAGAAUAA